AUGUCACUAUCCAAUGUAGUUACACCCCCACCACCAUCUAAAAUGAAAUCAAUAACCACUACCAACACUAUUUCAAUUUUAAAUAAGACAACAACAUCAUCAUCGUCAUCAACAACAAAUAUACCAUCCAAAUUAAGACCUCCAUUAAACAAACAAAAAUCACAAAUAUUAAAUAAUAAUAAUAAUAAUAAUAAUAAUAAUAAUAAUAAUAAUAAUAAUAAUAAUAAUAAUAAUAAUAAUAAUAAUAAUAAUAAUAAUAAUAAUAAUAAUAAUAAUAAUAAUAAUAAUAAUAAUAAUAAUAAUAUUAAUAUUAAUAAUAAUAAUAAUAAUAAUAGUAACACAUAUAAUAGUGGUAAUGAAAAUAAAGAAAACAACUCAUUAUUUUUUGAUAAAGACUUUGAAUUUGAUGCGCCACAAUACUUUGAUUUUAACUUAUAUUCAAGUGAAGUAGAUAAUGAUGAAAAUGAUAAUGAAAAUGAUUGGUUUUCAUACCCACAUCCUACUCAUGAAAUAGUUGGAUUCAUAUCAACACCAAAUUAUAUUCAUAAAUCUUCACCAAUUAAAUUCAACAACAACAACAACAACAACAACAACAACAACAACAACAACAACAACAACAACAACAAUAACAACAACAACAAUAUUGGUGUUAGUAGUAAUAAUACAGAUUUCAUAUCUACACCACCUCAUUCACUUAAGGAUCAUAAUAAUAAUUACUAUAAUGAUAACAAUAAUAAUUACUUUACAUUAGUAUCAACACCACCACCAACACCAACAACAACACCAACACCAACAACAACACCAACACCAACACCAACACAAUCAGAUGACUGUUCAUAUAAUGUUGAUAGCAAUUUAGGAAAUAUAAAUAUACCAAAAGUUGGAAUCAAUCAACAAAAUAAUAAUAGUAAUAGUAAUAAUAAUAAUAAUUCCAAUGGUGGUAAUAUUAAACCUUUAUUUAAAAAUGUUUCAGGACCAGCAAGAAUUUCAACAUUAAAACCAGAGAGGGUUUCAUUAUCAAUCAAUAAUUCUCCAAUCGAAAAUAAUACUAAUAAUAAUAAUAAUAAUAAUAAUAAUAAUAAUAAUAAUAAUAAUAAUAAUAAUAAUAAUAAUAAUAAUAAUAAUAAUAAUAAUGUGAAUGACCUUGAUUGUGGUAAUAAUGAAAACAUUGACAUCACUUCAAAGAAUGAAAUGAUAUCACCACCUCCUCUAUUUAUUAAAAACCUUAAAAAUUUACCACCAAGACCAAUUAGACUCUCUUCAAAUUCAAAUAUUAUUAAUAAUAAUAAUAAAGCAGUAACGACAUCAGGAAGACUUUCAACAAAUAAUAUUAGUUCAAAUAAUAACAUCAAGCAAAUGUCACAUUGUAGAUUAUCAUCACUUUCAAAAAGGUUUAGUAAAUUAUCGACAAACAAUACGACCACUAUCUUGAAACCACCAAAAAGGCCUUCAAUAAUAAAAUCUAAUAAUAAUAAUAAUUCACAGAAAAAUUUGGUGGAAAUCAAUACCACUACUUCUAGUGAAUAUGUAAAUAAUACUAAUAAUACCAAUAAUAUCAAUAAUAAAAACUAUAAUGAAAAUAAUGAUAAUAAUAAUAAUAAUAAUAAUAACAACAAUAAUAAAACUAUUAAAAGAUCAUCAACAAUCAGUUUAUAUAAAAAUAUGAAUUCCCUUGAAUCAAUUUCCACAAUGAACAAACCGGUGGUGAAAAAGACAUUAGAUACUACAAUUAAUAAACCAAGAACAAGUAUAAUCACAAAAAAAAUAAUUGAUGCAACUACAACAAGAAAUAAUAGUAAACCAACUUUAAAUAGUGGACCCAAUAUUAGUACAACGCAAAGCAGAUUAUCAAUUUCAACUGUAAACAAAAAAAGAUUACCAAUCACCUCUCACAAUACAAAUGGUGUACUUAAAGAAAGAUUCAUAUUAAAUUCAAUUUCAACUCAAAAACCAACAACUAUUGUAAAUUCAAUUGUAAACAGUAAAAUGAAUACAAUUACAAAAUUACCAGUAGAUAAAAUAAUUAAACAACCACAAAUAAUUAAACAACAACAACCAAAUGGAUUAUUGAAAAAAUCGAUAUUACCAACUAGUGAUAAUAAAGAAAAUUCAAUUAACAGUAUAAAUUAUAUAUCGAUGGCGCCAUCAAUAUCAAAACCAACGCUUUUAUCAAAAACUCACAGUUCAAAAGAUUUUUUAUUAGGUAUGAAAACUGAAACUCCUCCAAUUAUUUCAAAAAUUAAAACUAUCCCAACAAACACCAGUGUUAAAACUUUUAAUCCAAGAUGA